GGAUCUAUGCUGACCUGAUCGUUGACAUAAUGACGUAGAAGCCUAAACAGGAAGUGCGGCAGCACGUUUCCCACAUGAGCACACAGUACAGCUGUUGUCUGAAUUGCCGAUAGCCUGAACAGUUAUCAUGGAAGCAGGCAGGCUCAGUUUCACAAACAUGACAGCCCUGGCCCCGAUGGUCCGUGUGGGGACCUUGCCAAUGAGACUCCUGGCUCUGGACUACGGAGCUGAUGUAGUUUACUGUGAGGAGCUAAUAGAUAUCAAAAUGGCUCAGUGUCAGAGGAUCGUGAACGAUGUGCUGGAAACUGUGGACUUUGUGGCUCCAGAUGAGCGAGUAAUGUUUCGGACCUGUGAGAGGGAAAAGGAUAGAGUCAUCUUCCAGAUGGGAACUGCUGACCCCGAGAGAGCGUUAAAGGUGGCCCGGCUUGUGGAGAAAGAUGUGGCUGCCAUUGAUGUGAACAUGGGCUGUCCAAAGGAAUACUCCACUAAGGGUGGAAUGGGGGCUGCUCUUCUGUCAGAUCCCGACAAGAUUGAGGCUAUCCUUAAAAAACUUGUGAAAGGGGUCUCAAUACCAGUAACGUGUAAAAUCCGAAUACUGCCUUCGCUGGAGGAGACGGUCAAUCUGGUCCAGCGCAUUGAAAAGACUGGCGUCACUGCUGUUGCUGUUCAUGGCAGGUUUAAGGAUGAGCGUCCCAGACAUCCUGUCCACUGUGAUUACAUUCAGGCUGUCGCACAGGCAGUUUCAAUCCCCGUCAUUGCAAAUGGAGGCUCUCUAGAUUUGGUGAAGAACAACAGUGAUAUUGAGAAGUUCAGAAAGGUAACGGGUGCCUCGUCUGUCAUGUUGGCUCGUGCUGCCAUGUGGAAUCCAUCUGUGUUCAGCAGCCAGGGAACACUUCCUGUGGAAAAGGUCAUGAAGGAAUACAUUAAAUAUGCAAUCCGAUAUGACAACCAUGCUUUCAACACUAAGUACUGCCUGUGCCAGAUGUUAAGAGACAAGGUGGAGUCUCCGCUGGGUAGGCAGGUGCAGGCAGCACAGACCAAUGCUGAGAUAAGUGAGGCAUAUGGACUGCAGACGUUUUACCAGGAGAUCCAGGAACAGCUGCAGGCCAAGAAGGAUGCCCUUCACAGCAGCAAUCAGCCUGACAGGCCAAUAAUGGAUGGAGAUGUGAUGACCAUGGCUGUCAAGUUUGAACGGAGAGACUAUCCACCACAAAUCACACCCAAGAUGUUCCUGCUGGAGUGGAGCCGCAAAGAAAAACUUGAGCAGCCGCAGUAUGAAACAGUGCAGCGCUCUCAGGAUCGAGCAUUUCAGUCAACUGUGACUGUGGCCAACAGGAAAUAUAGAUCGUCCUUCUGGGAGAAGUCAAAAAAAUUUGCAGAGCAAGCUUCUGCUAUUGUCUGUCUGCGAGUGUUGGGGGUGCCAGAGGGUCGAAUUGGUGAAGAGGAUUCUGGCUUGGUCUGCAAGAGGAAGAGGGAGGGAAAGCUGAAAUGCAGCAGCGAGGAGGGGAGGAGCAAGAAGCUGCAUAUUGACAUCCUUCAGGAAACGGAAACCCCAAAGCCCACUGUGGGGAUGAACAGUGACGAGCAAAACACACAUAAACCUCUAAAACAAGCAGAGGCUGUAAGAGAAGCUCCUUUUAGUUAAGAAAGAGGAUGAACAGACUUUUGCAGAGGAUGUUUGAUUGAACCAG